UGUUGGUGGUACUGUUAUAUAACGUUCGCUCGCUGGUAGCGGCGUGAAGUUAGGUUAGAUUCGUCUCGCCACACUUUCCCCUGUUACAUUCAGUGCGAUUCGGUGGCUUGGGUUGUUUUUUUUUCCUCUCUUUUUUCGGCUAAGAGAAAAGUGUUUUUGGGGGAGAAGAGAGAGAUCAUCAUCAUCUGAGUGGUAACAAAGUUUUCUAUCUUCGCCCCCACCGCCCCCCUGUUUAAAACUCUGGAUUCGAAGUGAUCGUGUGCUGUUCGUGGGUUUUAAUUAUUAACAAAAAAAAAAGGUGAGGUGAGACCUGUUGUGUCUAUGCAGUGCGCAUGAUCAGCCCUGGGAAGGAUCGCAUCACAGUCCGGAUACACAAUAUGAAGAGGAGCACCGACAGAGAGACUCCACCGACGAGGAGGAAGAGGGCCCACUCGAGCAUGGGACGUUACGAUGACAGUUCAGAUGAGAGGAUCACACCGGACAGGGUGAGACACAGGAGCAGCAGAGUGAGGACGCCGAGUCCGAGGGGGGGUGCCGCUGCUGCGAGGUACAUGUCACCUCAUCACGACGAGUACAUGCGACCACCGGAGAGGAGCUAUCCGUACAAAGUGCUGUGCGUGAGUGCGCUGCAUCCGAAGGCGAGCGACGAGAUCAUCAAGGAUACGCUUUACAGGGAGUACAAGAAGUUCGGUGAUCUGAGUAUAAGGAUAACGCACGACAUCGACGAGCGACUGGCGUACGUGUGCUUCAGGAAUCCGGAGGACGCGCGCGACGCCAAGUACGGAAAGCCGAGAAUCAUCGUUUACGAUAAGGUGGCUAUGGUCGAGCCCAUCUACGAAGUGCCGAAGACGUCCAGCGAGAUGUACAGCAGGGGUAGACCGAGAUCGAUCAGUCCGGGGUACGAUAGCAGGCAUUAUUACGCCAGAUCGCCGGAGAGGCUGAGCGUGAGGGCCGUGGACCGUUACGAGAGAGGAUACGGACACCCGGCGCCUGGGAUUCCCAUACACCGGGAGUACAGGAGGGAGGCGAUGCCAGCCCCACAUCACGAGUACAUGGUUAGGCCACCCAUCCAUCACGGCCCACCGCACAUGGGUGGCGGAGGUGGUGGUGGAGGCAGCGGAAGCGGCGCCGGUUACGGGUACGGUCCACCGAGACAUUCGGCUCCGAGAGGAGGUGGUGGCGGUGGCGUACCGUACGAAAAAGUGGAGAACAAGAAAGAUAAAUUUCCCAAUUACCUGCACCACAUCCAACCCGAAGACGACCCACUGGCCACGAGGACUUUGUUCGCCGGUAAUCUGGAAAUAAAUAUAACCGAGGAGGAGCUUCGACGGAUCUUCGGCCGUUUCGGCGUCGUCGAGGACGUAGACAUAAAACGUCCUCCACCUGGUACGGGAAAUGCUUUUGCAUUCGUCAGGUAUCACACUUUGGAUAUGGCUCACCGUGCCAAAGUGGAGUUGUCUGGCCAAUACAUAGGCAAAUUCCAAUGUAAGAUCGGUUAUGGUAAGGCGACGCCGACGACGAGGAUCUGGGUCGGAGGGCUGGGAACGUGGACUUCGAUCACGCAGCUGGAAAGGGAAUUCGACAGAUUUGGAGCGAUCAAGAAGAUAGAUUACUCGAAAGGCGACAUACAGGCGUACAUCCUGUACGAUAGUAUCGACGCUGCACAGGCGGCUGUCAAGGAGAUGAGAGGUUUUCCGUUGGGCGGUUCCGAUCAUCGACUGCGAACGGACUUUUCCGAUGUCACUCCGUUCAAGCCGAAGGCGUAUCCAGCGAACGAGGAUGGCUCGAGCGGCGAUUACAGGAGACCGCCAGACGAAUUCGAGCCAGGAUUCGAAGGUGAAGGUGGUACCUCUUCGAAUUACGGAGGUGGAGGAAGCAGCAGUCGAUACAAGAGCGGAGGAAGAGCGCCGUACCAGGACAGGCGGGGCAGUUACAAGUAUCCGCCCAACGACGGCGAAGAGUGGAGCGGCGGCGGCGGUGGCGGCCGAACGAGGAACGAUUACGAUCGACGCAGAUCCGGAUCGAGGACAAGGGGUGGCGGCGGCGGCGGUGGUGUAGGAGCCGCAGCGGUAGACAACAACAGAUCCAGGUCACGUUCCCCGCGUCGAUCAAUCGAUUCUGACUCUGAUAACGGUACAAAACGGGCCGGACUUUUGGCGUCCAGUCGCACCCUCCCCGAAGUGGCGAGGAAAUGCUCGACGACGUGGCAGGGCGCACUCAUCUUGAAGAACUCGCUGUUCCCGGCAAAGUUCCAUCUGAUCGACGGCGACUCGGACAUCGUCGACGGUCUGAUGAAGGACGAGGACGGAAAGCAUCAGCUCCGGAUCACGCAGCGUCUGCGUUUGGACCAGCCGAAGCUGGAGGACGUGCAGAAGCGCAUCUCGAGUGCCAGUUCUCAUGCCAUCUUCUUGGGAAUGGCCGGAUCCACGACAUCUGUGAACAACGACGACGUGAACGUGCAGACGCGGCCACUGCGUAACCUCGUGUCGUACCUGAAGCAAAAGGAGGCGGCCGGUGUUAUCUCGUUGCUGAACAAAGAGACGGAAGCGACGGGCGUCCUCUACUCCUUCCCACCAUGUCCCUUUUCCACGGAACUCCUCAAACGCACCUGCCUCAACCUCCCAGAAGACGCCCUCAAGGAAGAUCACCUCGUCAUAGUCGUGGUACGUGGCGGCACAGCCUAAUUCUAUUCAUUCUUCAUCCUUCCUACACACAAACACAUAUACUUAUUCACUCACACACACACACACAUGUUAUCCCUGAUUAUAAAAUUCCAACAGUAACAUCGGAGGAGAGCAAAAAAAACCCUUUCUUUGAAAAUAAAAACCAACAAUAAACAGAUCCACUUAAAACCAAUCCAUAUAUAGAUUUUUCUCGUUUCAGGAGAUUAAUGAUCAACAAUGGUAGUAAUGAUAGUAAUAGUAGAUAGUAUAGUCAAUAUAAAUACUAUAUAAAUAUUUAUAGUAUAAGUUUACUUUGUAUCCUGUAAAUAAUAACGAAAACCAAUCAUGCUUUAUACUUUUACUUUAUAUAUAUAUUUGUAAUCUAUAUAUACAACAUCUUCUCUCGUUGAUCAACAUUGUGUGAUCAAAUCAUAUUUUUCCCCCCAGUUACAAUCAUAAGAGCUCAUGUUGAUCGACGACGAUGAGAAUUAUUAUUAUUCGUAGUUAUUUGUGAAUUACGAAAUUUUAUGUUGUUGUUUUCCUAUUGUUUUGUCUCUUUGAAUCAAUUCUGUGCUCUCGAUUCAUGUAAAACUAAAGAAUUAGCUUAUUUUCUAUUUACUUAAUGUUUUUUUGUUUCUUUUUUUUUGUAUCUUUAGCCCACUGUUUAUAUUAUAUACAUAUAUAUAUUUACAAAUGACUAAUAUUAAGUUAGGAGUUAUUCCCAUAUUUCGCUAGAGAUUAUAUAUUUUAUAUAAACAUAUGUGUAAAUGCUUGAACGUGAAUGUCGAAUGAGUGGAACGAUUUAUAGUUAAGUGUACGAAUGUAGAG